AUGCAAGAUGCGGAUGCUUUGGAAGCUGAAAGAGCUGCGAAGAUGCAAUCCACGUUGCGACUUAACCUUGGUAUUAAGGAUGGAUCUGCUAAUGUCUACUGGAAACAUGAUGCCAAGAUCCGACCCAGCUCGGGGCGCUGGGAUGUAAAGGAGAUAGCCGCCGAUGGCCGGGAGGUGCAGCCUCAGUUCCAAGUCUUACCGCCGCCGUCCUACUCCCAGCUACAGUCGCAUCCGCUGCCGCCAACGGCGCCGCUACAAUCUGCAUCACCUUCCCAGUUCCAAACGUUGCCAUAUCCACAGCCACAGCCGCAGCUCCCUGUGCCUUUGCCGCACGACUGGCCAGCGCCGGCUGCGGCGGGCAGCGGUGGCGACCUGAGCGCCACUGACCCACGGGUCAUAAGAUGGGUAGACGUGACGAUGGACGCGAGCCGCACCACCUAUACUGCGGCGCUGCCGUGCAGCUUGCCGCCUACAGAGGCGGGGCGGCGGCAGUACCUGCUGAUUGAGGUCUACGUGGAGGUACGUGUGCCGUACGCGGUACGCAAGGAUUUCGGGCUGGUGGUGUGUCCCCUGCAGGUCAAGGUGUACAAGCCCAAGGACAAGAACGCGUUAUCAAGCUUUCCGCUGCGGUUUGUACAGUUCGAUUUCCGGGAGGAUUCGUCCUCCGUUGGAGAUCUCUUUGCGGUCAACUUUUACCGGUACUGA